CUCAUGGAUUGAAGAAAUAACGUAUGUUAGACUCCCUGACGGCUUGUGUAUUCCAUUACCGGUCAUGUUUCUCAUGAAGGCGAGACUUCACCGUUACCGAAACUGAUAUAUAGAUACGCAUAGUAUGUACAGCGGUCAUAACCCCCUUCGUCCCUCAUAAUGAUUUCUGACCGGUGUCAAGUUGGGAGAGACUUUGACCGGCCAUACAUUUGCCUACCAGAACCUCACACGAACAUCAUCAUCACCACUCCUCGGAUGGAAGACGUUGAUUCAAGUAUUCGCAUCGUGAACGAUCCAAGAGUCCUCAAAUGGGUUCUCGGUACCACAUCACCAUACACGACUGCCCGAGCCGAAAGCUGGAUCGAGGGUGUGAAGAAUACCUCAAAUGCUUUACUUGCGAAGGAAGGCACGUUCGCUGACGGAUGCCCCUUCCGACACAUCCUCGAGUUGAAACCGGAUGGAUCCUGCGAAUUUUUAGGGGACAUUGGGAUCUCGAGGUCAAACUGGACUGACAUACUUGAUCCUAAAGAAAGGAGGAGUUUACUCGAUGAGAACAAUUCGAGGGUGGAUGGAGAUGAGGGAAUCGUCUUCCAGAUUGGAUAUUACCUUUCCCCAACCCACCAUGGUAGGGGAAUCAUGACCGGGGCUUUAUCCGCACUUUUAAACCAGUGGGCCAUUCCGAGAAUGAACGCACAUAGAAUCAAGGCCACUCUUUUUCACGGUAAUUUUGGAAGUAGAGGUGUUUUAAUGAAGAAUGGGUUCGUCUUGAUUAGGACCGUGCAAAAGUAUACAGAACUUGAUGGUGAGAUGACAGAUCUGUUUGUUUUCGAAUGGACUAGGUCUUGAAAAUACAAUACGCUACUUCUGCCUCCACGUUGCCCUCACAGCACCCAGCUCAAAGUCGGAUGGCGGA